CUGCUGAGAAAAAAGGGAGGAGGAGGGUGAAGAAGACAGGGCUGAAAGGAAGAAGGAAGGAAGAAAGAGAAAAAAGAAAGGAAAGAACAAAGAAAGAGAGUGAGCGAGAAGAAAAGGUGCUUGUUCAGAGGUGCUAAGGGUCAAGGAUAGACGCGGAACGGUGUGGAGCGGUGCGGAGCACAUCAGUGGUGUUGAAUAGAGAGGGGUCAGUUUACUGAGGCGCUCCAGGGCAGGAGAAGAAGGAGUGAAGUGAAGGACCCUCCCACUCAUCUCAGCUCACCCAGCGCUCGGCUCAGCUCAUCUCCACCUGUCCCCUUCCCUCUCAACACUCUCCCCCUGGACUCCGAUGGCAAAGCAUGAUCCGAACGACCUCCCUCCCCCGUACUACUCAGUGUCGGUCCACACUCAGCCUCCCCUCCGGCCUUAUGAGGAGGUCGUCUAUGGCAACGGGUUCGGGGUGCCCACGUACCAGCAUCCGCACUACGUCCCCCAGCAUCCCCCUGUGAUUGCCACAGCUGUGACACAGCCCAGCCUCCCGCCCUCUAAAGGUAAAGAGAAGCGCUGCUGCGCCCGGAGUGCCCAGUGUUUCGGAGGCUCUGGAGGAGUCGCCCUCCUGCUGGUCCUGCUCGGCGUCGCCAUCUGGCUCGGAGUGCACUAUGGCACGCGGCUGGCAACGGUGGCCAUCAUCGAGGGCCAGAGUGGCAGUAAGGGCGGCUCGGAGCCCCCGGAGAGCAUGACCACGCCCGACACCUGCCCCAACACCACCGUCCUGUGUGACGCACAGCGCGACUGCCUGCAGGGCAGCGACGAGACCAACUGUGUGCGGUUUGGGUCAGAUGGUAGUUUGCAGGUGCGGACAGCCCAAGAUGGCCGCUUCCUGCCCAUGUGUUUCCAGGACUGGGAUGCCAGCUUCGCUGACCAGACGUGCGCCCAGCUGGGCUUCAGACAGUCUUACCAGCUCAAAGCCCUGCGCAGAGAGCAGUCCAUAGCUGUGUCUCUGACGGACAAAGACUCUUCUCAGCCCCUCCAUGGCCAAGUCAAUGUCAGCUCUGCCUGCCCCAAUAUGCAGACUGUUUCCCUCCAGUGCGUGCAAUGUGGCCGGCAGCAGUCCACCUCCAGGAUCAUAGGGGGCAGUGUUGCCAAAGAGGGCCAGUGGCCAUGGCAGGUCAGCCUCCACUUCAUGGACUCCCACGUGUGUGGGGGAACCCUGAUCUCACCAGACUUCGUGGUGACGGCGGCCCACUGCUUCCCCAGUUCCAACCCAUCUUACACGGAAGCUGUGAACUGGCGUGUGUACGGAGGGGUUGUGUCCCAGACAAACCUCCCUGCACCCUUCCUGGUGAAGAAGAUCAUUGCCCACGAAAGCUACAGCCAGCUAACAAAUGACUACGACAUUGCCCUGCUCAAACUGACCGCACCUGUGGAUUUCAACAGUGUUGUCCAGCCUGCCUGUCUGCCGGCCUAUGACCAGUCGUUCAGUCACGGAGACAAAUGCUGGACCUCAGGCUUCGGAACAACUGAGGAGGGGGCAGCGAGCAGCUCCACUGACCUCAUGGAGGUGACAGUGGACAUCAUCGACCCGCGCGUGUGCAACAGCAGCAGGGUGUACGGCGGCAGGGUCAGCAGGAACAUGAUCUGCGCUGGAGACCUGGACGGAGGAAGGGACUCGUGUCAGGGUGACAGUGGCGGGCCGUUGGUGUGCCAGUCCCAGGACGGGCGCUGGUACCUGGUGGGCGUGACCAGCUGGGGGGCGGGCUGUGGCCGCCGGAACAAGCCGGGCGUCUACGGCAGCGUGUCCAGCAUGCUACCCUGGAUCUACAGCAAGAUGCAGCAAGAGAGACCCUAAGCCACAUCACCCCCUCCCUGGGUCACUCACGCACGACAGGCGAUACGCUUCAGUCCUCUCUCUUCCACUGGACCACACUAUCACGUCCGGCUACUGGCCAGACGUUGGUUAAGCCAAGUGGUCAAUCACUGAGGGACCACCAAUCAGAGACAUUAAAGCACUUUAAGAUGAGCUGCCCCUAUGGCCCAGGCCUUUCCCGGCCUUGACCACUCCCUCCCCUCCAGCAUUUUACACUUUGAUGUCACUACUUCACAUUUAAAGGUAUACUAUGCAGGAUUGGCGAUUUCAUCGCCGGUUUCGCUUUCACUUUUCAUUUUCGCUCGUUUUAUGCUUACAUAUUUCUCUGCAGAGCUUCCCCUACAGCUUUAGCGUGUAUAUUUUACAAAAGUCCUCAAUCGGUCAGUCUGCCGUGCCUUUUCAUGAGACUUUACAUGACACUUCCUGGAGUAGAGCAUGGGUGCGUGCCCGAGGUCUCCUGAAGUUGCAAGCGUGGUUCUACCGCUACAGACCACUAGAGCGGCCAAAUAAACCACCGUUCGACCGGUAAUGACUCAUUUAAUCGUAUAUAACAGUAUAGAACGAAUUGAUUAACUGAAAAACGUUGCAUAGUAUACCUUUAAUGCCAAUCUAAUGAAGGAGGUUGAAUUCUACAGUUGUGAGGAAUAUGUAUCUCAAUUGCUAGAUGAUGAUUCUUUUUACUGUCUUGGGUUAUCAGAAGUCUCCUAUAGACUCAGUCUACUACUGCUGCUACACUUCACUUCAUCUCUGACACUGGACAAAUAAAUGUAUUGGAAUCUCCCUAUCGAGAAGAGGCCAGUGCAUGCAGGAUGGUCAGUGUGCCAGUUCGAGAUAUUCAAGAUAUGAUUGGGAGUGGUCGAUCCAGUCCCCUGUAGAGAACAUUUUAAAUGUUCUUAAUUCAUUCACCACACUCUCAGCUCAAAUGGUCCCUUAAAGGAUGUCCAGAAUUGCCCAGGAAUUGGGCAAUUGUUUGGGUUAGGGUUUUUUUUGUUUUCUUCUUUUGUCUGUUUUCUAUCUGGACCUGAUUGGACUGGUUGGCCUAUGCAGAUCCACGCCAUGUCAGGUUCAGAUCUGUCUCCAGGUCAACUGAUCUCUGUGUGGUUACACUGGGAGAGUUUGCCCUGGAUGUCUGCCAUUUGUAAAGCACUGUGCACUAUAUAUUUGUAUCUGUGGUUUGGUUUGCCCCAAAGCACUAAUGCAUUGACUCUGAGCGAGUGUGUUUUUAUGAAUGAUCAAAUCAUGUUAACACGUUUAUACAGCAAUCUUUCAGUGCUCAAAGCCAUAUUUGUUGAGUAAUCGGGAUAUUUCUCCAGGCCAGUGAAGUAAUUGAAUGGGAGUUAGGGAUAUUUGUUUUAAAAAUGUUGUCUAUGUGUGGUAUAAAUGAAGGAUCUAUGCAAUAUGAGCUAUAUUUACCAUUGAGAUGAAGAAAGGGCAGUGGGGAUCUUGUUCUGUCACUCACACUAUGUGUACAUACACACUACACACACAUACACAGUCUUAUGCCUGCCUGCACGCACACACACCACACACACACACACACACACACACACACACACACACACACACACACACACACACACACACACACACACACACACACACACAGGCCAGGUGUCCAUAUUCCUCCCCACUUGUCUAAAAAUGGUAUUUUGUAACAGUUGCCCAGGAAAUGGGUCAUGAAAGUUUACACACAAAACAAAUCACCGACCGACUAUAAUAUAUCUUAACAUAUGCCAAUAAAAUGUUUUCCUCAAA